AUGGCUUCGUGGUACCACCCACUCGUGAGCCCUCUCUUCUUGACUGGCGUCAUCACCAACGCCGUCCUCGCCUUCUUCUUGCUCUGGGCGGCCAGAAACCGCGACCUUGGGGAUUGGGUGCCCACUCUCGUCACCAUNAUUGUCGUGGGCGCCAUACAAGCCGCCUAUGUCUUGAUCUCCCUGUGCAUGGAGCCACCAGCCGCCGACCCGCUCGCCCUCGCCGUGCAGACCGGCAUCCGCCUGGUCGAGUUGGAGCCUGUUGGCACCUCCAGCUCUGAUGAAGACAAUAACGAUGAGCAGUAG